UCUUGGGCCUAGUGGCAGCUAGUUAGCUUCGGGAAUCGGGACCGAGAGUGGGCUGGCUAAGACGAUUGAGUCGUUGCAGAGCCCACAGCUUUGAGGGAAAGCAGAAUGGGAAGAAAGAGGCGAGGUCAGCUGGACCGCGAGAGGCGCAGAUGAGAGGUGGUUGAACCCGGGUGAUAGGAGAGGGAUAGUCUCGUCUAAGUCGAGAUGAAGAAGGCAGCACAGACUUGCUUGCGUGUGAGAAUGGAUCCAGUUGUCAUGUGAGAAAGCUGAGAUGCAGGCGAAGAAAAGACGGCUCAAGAAAGUGAGGGAGGAGAAGCAGCUUGAGGCAUCAUUAGAUGCACUGCUGAGUCAAGUGGCUGAUCUGAAGAACUCACUGGGGAGUUUCAUUUAUAAGUUGGAGAACGAGUACGACCGGUUGACCUGGCCCUCUGUCCUGGAUAGCUUUGCAUUGCUGUCUGGACAGUUGAACACUUUGAACAAAGUCUUGAAGCAUGAGAAGACACCACUGUUCCGUAACCAGGUCAUUAUCCCUCUGGUGUUGUCCCCAGACCGAGAUGAAGAUCUCAUGCGGCAGACUGAAGGACGAGUGCCUGUUUUCAGCCACGAAGUGGUCCCUGACCAUCUGAGAACCAAGCCUGACCCUGAAGUUGAAGAGCAGGAGAAGCAACUGACAACAGAUGCUGCCCGCAUUGGUGCUGAUGCAGCUCAGAAGCAGAUCCAGAGCUUGAAUAAAAUGUGCUCAAACCUUCUGGAGAAAAUCAGCAAAGAGGAGCGAGAAUCAGAGAGUGGAGGUCUUCGGCCAAACAAACAGACCUUUAACCCUGCAGACACCAAUGCCUUGGUGGCAGCUGUUGCCUUUGGGAAAGGGCUGUCUAAUUGGAGACCUUCAGGAAGCAGUGGGCCAGGCCAGCCCAGCCAGCCAGGAGCUGGGACAAUUCUUGCAGGAACUUCUGGACUACAGCAAGUACAGAUGGCAGGAACUCCAAGCCAGCAACAGCCAAUGCUCAGUGGGGUGCAGAUGGCUCAAGCAGGUCAACCAGGCAAAAUGCCAAGUGGAAUAAAAACCAACAUCAAGUCUGCCUCAAUGCAUCCAUAUCAGCGGUGAGUGUCAAUGGCAGCCUCCUAGGUGACCUUGGCAGAGUUGGGCAGUGAAAUUGUCCUUGCUCAAGGCUCACCUACAUGGGUACAGUAAAAAGAAUAUGGCUUUCAGCAACAGACAGAUCCCAGCUCCACCAGUGACUAGCUUUCUGACCUUGGGAAAGUGGCCUAAUUUUUCUGAGUUUUGUGAGCCUGUUUUCUCAUUUGUAAAUGGUGGCAAUACCUACCUCAUAGGGUUGUUGUGAGGAUUGAAAUGAGAAAAUGAAUGUAAAACACUUAGCACAGCAUAUGAAGUAAUAGACAUUCAAUAAAAGAAAGUUUCUGUAGCCACUUCUCCACCUUGCCCUCCACAGUCCAAAACUUACCCUGAUUGUAUACUGCUCAAUGCUAAUGGUUAGCUGAUGGGCACAGGAUCAAAUAAGUCUAUGCUUAUUUUGUGCUGCCAGAAACUAGCAGCUGGUAUAUCCCUGGUGGGACAUUGUUUCUUUAGACCCUCCUGCCCAGGUUUCAUCCUGCUGUCCCUCUAAGCUGCAGGAGGAGACUUCUGGACCAGGUUAAACAUCCACUUAGAGCUGGGCCUGCACUCCGGUCCGUCCUCUGGAAACCAGUUCACACUUCCCUAGGUAAAAGUCCCCAUCCUUUAUCCCACCCUUACACAUGAAGGAAAAUGUGAAGGGGCCAGUAGUUGGGCACUUUCUCAGGCAGUGGCUCUGCCAGGCAGAACUGUAUGAGAAAGGCUUUUCUGUAGCAUAUGUAAAGCCCCUUUUUCCUCUGGGCUUAUUUUUCUUAAUUUGGGGGCAGCAGAAAACUGCACUUAAUAUUGUCUUUUAUUGGGGUUUAGUUGUCCUCAUAAUAGUGGUUAGUUCCUCCACUGUAAUCAGGAUGGCUUUCCUCUAUUUCACUAAGCCUAUGGCUCAGAUAAGAGUCAGAUACAUGAUAGGAGAGGUGGCCUACUCUUAUAAGGUUGAAGAGCAGAGUGGCUGGACAGUACCUGUCUCAAUACUCCACUGUAGGUGUGGGCAGGGGUUGAGUCAGCAGAAGUGUACCUAAAAAUUUCUUUAUUAAAUAAAGUUAUUUAAAUCGCUAUUCACUGGCUCAGGGUUGUCUCACAGCAAUUUAUGACAGAGCUAAUACAGGGAUGAGAAACACUUUCAUUGGUGCUUCAAGGCAAUUCUGAUUUAUUCUCCAUAUAAUGUUUCCUUAUUUUUAAUGAGCUUUGACCUAGAAAGCCUGAGAUUUCCUUCCAACUUAUGCUUUAAAGCUGCGUCUUUUCUGUUCUCUUCUGUUACACAUUGGUACUUUGGCUUUUGCUCCAUAUUAGGCAGUAUUCUGCCAGGCUGUGGCAGCAGAGGCUUGGAAAAGUGAUCCCAGAUAUUUGUUACCGCCACUUCUGUCCCAUCGAGGCCAGGAUGGUGUUUCACAAAGCUCUGAUUACAAUACACUGCAGCAGGGGUGUCCUGUCACAAGCCCCAAGACAGCACCACAUCGUCCCCUGCUUAAAUAGUCAGACCCAGCAGCCCAUUUCGGUGUUAACUUCUCGCCUUUUCCCUUCCCAACUGGAAAUGUCAGAGCUAACCGGGGAUAUUGGGUAGAGCCCCAGCUGUAGUUCUCUGAAACCGCUCUAGUAGCUUUUGGUGACUGCUGUUCUUUGCUCUACCCAAAGUUUCUUUGUUUUCCCUGCCUGAUACUGACCUCAUUCCCAAUAUACUAUUGAAAUGGACUCUGUCUUCUGGGACCAGGAAUAUCUUUCCCCAACAGGAACAAAUCCAGGACAUCACCUACAUCUUACGCAUUCAAGCAAACACUUUUAAUACCAGGGAUGCUUAUGCUUCAAUAUUUGUUACUCUGCAUAUGCUCUCAUUUCCACCCUACCUCAGAAAAACCACCCCUGGGUACACAGACCUCUUGCAUCUCCCACCUUGGGGCCCAUAAAACCUCAGUGGAGAGAAUGUAACUCCCACCCCUAGCACUCAGUCCCUUGGGAGGAGAUGUUUAUGGCGUUUCCUUUGAAGAAGACAUGACCUACUCAGAUAGUGGAUAUGUAAAAAGGUUAUUCUUGCCCUACACCGGCAGUGUGCCUCUUCCUGACUUCCCCAUUCUGUUUGGAGAUUGUGUUCUCUCCUACCUUUGGCCUCUGGAGAAAGAGAUUCUCUCAGAUUUUGUUCUGGAUGGAGAAAAGCAGAGCUGUGAAACCUCAAACACAGUUCACCCCUCUGAAGGUAAAAGCUUGUCAGAUCAGUGUCAGCUUAGCGCCGAUUGCUUAGGAUUUCUUCUGUAAUCUUCCCUGAGGUUGGUAUUUAAUCAUGGCUGCACAUGCCUUUGCUCAUUGCCCAGCUUACCUCAUCCUCUUCUUAUGUGCAUUGCUGCCCUAUUUAUUAGCUCACCUUACUCAACCAUAUGUUUUUUUUGGAAGAGCUAAGUUAGAUAGGUUGUAGCCAAGUGUCCCUUCUAGCUCCAUAAUGAGUAACAGCAUUAGGCCUUAGCUGGAGGGGAUGUGAUUGCUAAAGGGAAGAGGGUGAACUCUGCAGGAAUGCCCCAGAGCAAGGCCCUUUUCCCACCCCCUUCCCACCUCCCCCAGGCAGCUGGAAACAACCUCUCCCUUUGUUUGAGUUUCUUGUGCAGAAUAAUCCUCCUUACUGACAAUGUAUUCACUGUGUCCUGUGGACACAGGGGCUGUGUGAGCUAAUCCCAGCACCAGGCAGAACGGAGGCUGAAUCCUUCCAAACGCCCACUUGGUCAGCUCCUGAUGACUGUCCAGAGGGACUACUAAGGAGUGACUAUUUUCUUCCAUUUGUUUUAGAUAUGGGGGGAUGCCUUUGGUAGUUUUGCAGUAGUAGGAAUAGGGCAGGAACUGUAAUCCUUUUCUGGUCAGUCCUCAGACACUGAGGGUUUAGUGUCUACUUACGGAUGCUUGAUGUGACUGUUGCCUGGAAGUCUUGAACACACAUGGGCUAGCACUUGAAAAGGAUUUGCCAGCCUGCAGACAGCUUCCUGAUUAGAACAGAAGGCAAACGACCCAUCUGACAUGGCCAUGGAACUUCAUCAUUUCCAACAGAGAGGACAGGCUUCCUGUCUUCUAACUCAUGUUCUUGUUCUUGAACUCCCUGUCACUGAGGCUGCUCUCUCAAUGCAUCACAUGCUUUCAGGUUGUCAGCCACUGUUGGACAGAGCAGCUUCUCCACACACAAUGUGGACAAGGCUCCUGACUUCCCUGUGUCUCAGGUUUCCCCCUUGGGGGAUCCCAGGGACUGUUCCAGCUCGAUCUCUGGCAGUCAUUCCCAAUCCUGCUUAUCCCCAUGCAUUUUUGUUUUAUUUUCCAUACUGCAGGGCCAUGUCAUAUAGACAAGCCAAUGUUUUCCUAGAAUAACGCCUAAGUACAGACUGUUUCCAAAGUUCCCUUGGUUACCUACCACCAACACCCCUCUAGACCACUUCCCUAACAUUGUUCUAGCUUUCACCUCAUUCUCUGGUGUGGAUUCAGCAAAGAGGUAGUAAAUUACUAGAGGCAUGUGGAUAUCAGAAGCCACCUUCUCAAUCCCAGACAUCUCUUUCCUGGACAAGAUGUUUGUACAGACUCCUCCAGAAUAGGCACAAAUUGGGCUGAGAAUUUAGCUCAGCGCCGCCGCUCCUGCCUCAAGUUUAAGGUCCUGAGUUCGAUCCCUGGAACCGAGAAAACAAAACAAAAACCAGAACAGAAGAGGCACAAAUUUAUACUUUUUCUGUAUGACAGUCAGUAACCUAUCUUGCUGGAUCAAAUAUAAAGUAUCCAAGGCAAUUCCUUUUCUUUCUGCAUGCAACUCCAGUGCCUUCCUUCGCCUUCACCCUAAUUCUCUAUAAUGUGUGGUUAUUUUGAUUCUUCAUUAAGUUCUUCCCCUACCCCACACAUAGACCAUCAUUUGUUCAUUUUGCUAAUUUCUCUGGGCUACACCUAUCUUCAUGGCCUGAGUUAAUGUUUUAGUCUCUCUUCCAUGUUAAAAAUCCUUCUUGACCCUGUGUGUCCCCUGUCUGAUUCAUAGGAACGUUCUUGAAUUAAGGAUCCCAUACCACCAUCUUGUCUACUUCCCAUUCCCUUUUCAGCCCCUGUAAUUAGGCUUCUGUUUCCACCAUUCCUCUGAAACUAUAAGAAAUAUGGCUGACCUAUGGCUAAAUCCCAGAGCUUUUUAAAUUUUUCUAUUAGUCUCUCCAUAGCAUUUAACAGUGCUGACCAUUUCUUUAAAGUCUCCUUUCCCUCUCUUGUUUCUGAUGUACAAAUUCUCUUGUUCUCCCACUCUGCCCAUUUGUCCUCUGCAGCUUUUGGACUUCUGCAUUUCUGCCCGCUACUUCAGUGUUGCUAUACUCGAGUCUAGUUCUUGUCCUUAACCCUCUUUUCAUCUUAUGCUACCUUGAUGUCUCUGUGACAACCACCUUCAUACACAUACGCAAGUUUUAUUUUCAGCCCAGACCUCUUUUCUAAGCUGCACAUUUCCAUUGGGUGUCCCUACCUGUGUAAUGCACAUGUACUUCAGGUUCUGCGUAUCCAAAUGUCACCCUUUCCUCCUGCCUAUUUCUCUUCUACUUUUCCUGAACAUCACUUAAGCCAGGACUACGGGAACCAUCCUAUACUAUUCCCUUCCAUAUUCCCAGCUAUCCCCUAAGACCAAUGUGAUACAAAAUCCUAUCAGUUUGUCUCCCCGGUAUCCAUCUAUCCUGUCCUUCAGUUUAGGAUUUGGGGUUUUUUCAAUAAAAAAUUUGUUUAGACUUCCUACCUUAGGUUCUAAGGAUUGUAGCUUGACAGCUUUUUUUUUUGUACCAGGGAUCAAAUGUAGGACCUUCCACUUGUGAGGGAGGCAGUGGCACCACUAAGCUAAAUCCCUGGCCCCUUGGCAGCUCUUUCUAAACUGCAUGUCUGACCACAUUACUCCCUUCAUUAAAAUCCUUUUGAUAGUUCAUUCCUCAUAUUUUUCAAACUGGGGUCCACAUACCUGGUAGAUUUGUCAGGACAGUGUGCCAGUGAUACUGAGAGUCACAUGAUAAAAUCCGCCCUAGAAUGUUCAUUUUACCUGAGGGCAAGUAAUUUAAAAUGGAAUGCAAAUUUAGCAUACACAUAUGCAUUAUGGAGAGGAAAUAGACUUCAAAGAAUUCCUGCAGGUCUGAAUAGCCUCAAACUAAGCCAGCAGAUUCCUUGGAGCCAUUAUAGUUAUAUUUAUUUGUUUUAUUUUUGCCAUUACAUUUACUUCACUGGAAAAGUACUUUAAAUAACUCAGAUUUCCAGGAAAGGCAAAUAAGUUUCUAUGAUCUGGCCCCCUGCCUCCUCCUGAUUUAUCUCCUCUAUUGUCUUGCCACCUACUUAAUUCCAAAAGCCAUCCAGACUGCUUACAGUUUUCCUGAAUGUAAUAGGCUCUUUCAAACCUUCAUUCCUUUAUCUCCACUGUUCCUCUACUUUGCUCUUUUCUGUCUGAUGAAUACCUAAUCAUUGUUGAAAAUUCAGCUCACAAGUAAGUCUCCCUCUGUGAAGCUAACAUUCCUGUCUCUCCAAAACCCAAUACUACUCCCAGCAGGAAAAGUCAAUUAACUCCUCCUUUAUGUCCCAUUUUGGUGUUGUGUACAGACUUACUCUAGCUUCCGCCACACAUUACUGUCCUGCAGGUUCAAGCACCCUGAGCCGUCAAGAGUUUGAAUUACAGUUCUUCCACCUGAGAACUAUGUGAUUGUUGGCAAGAUAAAGUGUGUGUCUGGUAUAUCAUAAACGCUGCCAAUAGUGGUGCUACUAUUAUUAUUUUUAUUAUGAUUUUACUUUGGAGGAGUAAUAUAGAACACCAUUUUGGUUGAAAGAGCAGGCUCUAGUGCCAGAUUUCUUGGGUUCAACUCCUAGUCCCCACCACUGUGUGCCCUUGGGCAAGUUAGUUAUCUCUGCUUCCAUUUCCUUAUUCCUGUGGAUGAUGAUAACGGCUAUUUCAUAGGGUUGCUGUGAGUUUUUAAGCAGGUUAAUAUAUAGAGAUUACCUGACAAUAAGAAAAGCUCAGUACACAUCAGUCAUCCGUAGGAUGGCAGCUAGAAAUUUGCUAUCAGUUAUUUAAAUAAAUGAUUGACUCCUCUAAGAUUUUGCAACCUUUCCUUCCUUACGCAGCUCCCCUGUUCCAGCGUUUCACCUCUUGUGCCAGUUUCAUUCCUCACUCUUUAUCUGGCAACUAGUGCAGAGCAGGCACUGGAACCUUUUUGGACGAACAUGAUGAAUCAAUCUUGAAUCUAGUUUUUUUUUUUUUU